AGGAAGAAGAUUAGUUUCACCACGAUCUCUGUUGUUAUGUCGGGAGUAUGGUUUAAUAAAAAAACGCUUAGAAACGUUUCUUUUAAGGGAGAAAAUCAGUUUUGAGUCAGGUCAAUAAAAAACUGUAAUAUUCUCGUCCUCGCAGUCGUGACUAAGUGUUGAAUCAAGCAGAAAUACCUGGAGGAGUAUCAUCUGAACUGAGAUCUGCUGCUGUGAAGAUGAUGUUUGUUAAAGAAGAGAGAGAAGAGAACACGAGUGAACCAGAAACCAGCACAAUAAAACAGGAGGAACCAGAAACCUGGAGAAUAAAACACGAGAAACCAGAAACCUGGAGAAUUAAACAAGAGGAACCAGAAACCUGGAGAAUAAAACAAGAGGAACCAGAAACCUGGAGAAUAAAACAAGAGGAACCAGAUUAUUUGUUAUUAAUUGAAGAAAAAGAGAAUGAAGAAUCAAGUUUAAAACUGCACGAGAGGAUUCACACAGGAGAGAAACCUUACAAGUGUUCACACUGUGACAAGAGAUUCAGUCAGUCAGUAUAUCUAAAAAGACAUGAAAGGAUCCACACUGGAGAGAAACCUUAUAAGUGUUCACACUGUGAUAAGAGAUUCAGUCAGUCAUCAAGUCUAAAUAGACAUGAAAGGAUCCACACUGGAGAGAAACAUUAUAAGUGUUCACAUUGCGAUAAGAGAUUCAGUGAUUCAUCAAAUCUUAAAACGCAUGAGAGGAUUCACACUGGAGAGAAACCUUAUAAGUGUUCACACUGUGACAAGAGAUUCAUUGAUUCAUCAUCUCUGAAAACGCAUGAGAGAGUUCACACUGGAGAGAAACCUUAUAAGUGUUCACACUGUGACAAGAGAUUCAUUAAAUCAUCAGGUCUGAAAACACAUGAGAGGAUUCACACUGGAGAGAAACCUUACAAGUGUUCACACUGUGACAAGAGAUUCAGUGAAUUAUCAGGUCUGAAAACACAUGAGAGGAUUCACACUGGAGAGAAACCUUACAAGUGUGCACACUGUGACAAGACAUUCAAAUAUUCAUCAUCUCUGAAAACGCAUGAGAGGAUUCACACUGGAGAGAAACCUUAUAAGUGUUCACACUGUGACAAGAGAUUCAUUAAAUCAUCAGCUCAGAAAACACAUGAGAGGAUUCACACUGGAGAGAAACCAUAUAAGUGUGCACACUGUGACAAGAGAUUCAGUGAUUCGUCAAGACGGAAAGCACAUGAGAGGAUUCAUACUGGAGAGAAACCUUACAAGUGUUCACACUGUGACAAGAGAUUCAGUGUGUCAUCAAGUCUGAAAACACAUGAGAGGAUUCACACUGGAGAGAAACCUUACAAGUGUUCACACUGUGACAAGAGAUUCAGUGUGUCAUCAAGUCUGAAAACACAUGAGAGGAUUCACACUGGAGAGAAAACUAAUGAGUGUUCACAGUGUGGCUAGAGAUUCAUUGAUUCAUCAACUCUGAAAACACAUGAGAGGGUUCACACUGGAGAGAAACUUUGUGUUCACACUGUGACAAGAGAUGGAGGGACUAAAGACACAUGAGAGGCUUGCGUGAAUUGUUUGACAUCUACAGAUAAGGAUAUGUAAAUUAGUUUUUU